AUGUUGCGGCUCGCUUCCCUCGCUGCCACUCUUCUAAUUGCCAGUGGAGUUACCGAAGCAACUUACGCUCAUGUGUCUCUUAGAAGAGCAGCGAAUUUUACGGAAGCCGGAGGUUCAUUUCUUGAAACCAAUGGCUUCCCAGCUGGUGGAGGCUCCACCUGUUUCACUGGAAGCAUCGAAGUGACGGUAACGUCGACGAACCUGAAAAUCAGCUACAACGGAUCUCCAGAUCAAGAUACUCUCACAGAAUUCAACUUAGAAUUCCUAGAGCCCAAUUCGGACCUAGCGACGAGACUCGUCAGCAACUCGAGUCCCGUGACUGGCACCUACAGCAUCUCUUCGAAGCUGUGCCUACCCAAAGCUCUAGGAACUGCCAAAGAGAUCAGCACAGUCCAAUUCCUGACGCAUGGCGACAUAGUCACAAGCACCUACUGGAACAUUGCUCCCAAUUACAGCUACAUUGACGCCUCGACAGCAGCAGGCUAUGCCACCUUCUCCUACGAUCGCGUCGGCACCGGCCAAUCAGACCACCCAGACCCUAUCUCAAUUGUGCAAGGUCCUCUCCACGUCGAGAUCGCACACGCCUUAGUCACAAUGCUCCGGUACGGCCAAAUCCGGUCUCAUCACUUCCCCAAUGUCAUAGGCGUCGGGCACUCAGCAGGCUCCAUCAUCACACAAGGCGUGACGAUCAAAUUCCCUCAGGAGUUCGAUGCAGUCAUUCUGACCGGGACAUCAACCGAAGUGACAUCCUUCACGCUAGGAAUAGCGGCUUUUGAUUUCCAGAUUGCCAAUGAGACUGAUCCGCGAUUCAAGGAAUUGCCGAAUGCCUACUUCACGCAAGCGAACGCCAUAGGCAUCCAAAUUGGCUUUUUCAAAUAUCCGAAUUUUGAUCAGGAGAGUUACUGUUCCUUUUUGCUAGGGUGA